UUAUACUUUAUAAGGUUCUAAUAAAUCUUUUGAUCUUCCUUUGGAUCAUAGCUUAUAUUUGAAUGUUUACAGUUUAUACUUUAGGUUCUAACGACAAGAUCUUUUGAUCUUCUUUUGGAUUCUGGUUUGUAUUUGAAUGCUUACAAUUAAACUGUGUGCGCAUCUUUACAUUUGUAUGUAUAACCAAUAUAUGAUUUUUCAAAAAAUAAUCAACAUAUUAUCAUACUUUCAAUCAGAAAAAAUGAUUGCAAUCAGUGUUGCAUUUUAUUUACUGCUUUCCACAACUUCUAUAUUACUAUUGGCACAAAUAAAUGUAUCUGUAGCAUCGAUAACCCAAGUAAAUGGCUCGUCAUUACUUGAAAAACUACGCGAGGAAAUCUCAAGCACAUCUCAAGUUAAUGUAUUUAGUCUUUCUUCAAGUCAAACAGUUGAAAUAAUUAGAUGUACAACUUUGAUUAGAUCUUUUUGUAAUUCUUUUAUACCAAAUGAAAAUAGUUCAAAAACAUAUAGUUCGAUAUUAUUUUUUCCAUCAACAACCCAAGUAAAUGACUCACCAUUAUUUGAAACACAACUUGAAAAAAUAACCACAAAUCAAAUUACUUUAUAUAAAAGUCAACCAGUUGCAAUUGAUAUAUCCUAUAUUACACCUUCAAUCACUUCAAUUGGCAUUUUAAAAAAUGAAGAAAGUUCUAAGUCACAAGAUUUGAGUCCUAGAAUAUAUAGUCACUCAUCAUCAUUCAACACACAAAACAAAAUCUCAGACCUACACAUACUAAACAAAACAAUCUCAAGCACACAUGCACUAAACAAAAUCUCAGGCUUAUCUCAAAUUAAUGUUUUUACUACCUUUUUAACUAAAACACUUGAAACAAAUGGAUGUUUUUCUUUGUUCUCGAUUUUUUGUACCCCAAUAUUUAGUACACCUUUAUAUACUUCAAGCUCCUUAUUACAAAGUGAAAGAAAUUAUAAAUCACAAGGUUUGAGUCCGAGAUUAAAUAGUUUAACAGUAUUUAGUAAAUCGAUAACCCACGUAGAUGAUUCGACAUCUUUUAGCAUUAUAGACAAUAUAAUCUCAAGCACAUCUCAAAUUUAUAUUUCUGAAGUAUUUUCAAGUCAAAAAAAUGAAAUAAUUGAAAGCAGUGAGAUUUUGACUUCGUCAUUUUUCUAUAGUAAAAUCUAUAGUUCAACUUCUACUACUUCAAGUUCCCUUGCACCAAAUGAAAGUUAUUGUAAAAUACAAGUUUCGAGUCCGAGAGUGUAUAGUUCAACAGUAUUUAGUGUACCAAUAACCCAAGGACGUGACUCGUCAUUAUUUAACUCACUAAGCAAGCAUAUCUCAAGCAAUUCUCCAGUUUAUGUAUUAACUGUAUCUUCAAGUCAAAAAAUUGAAAUAAUUGAAAGUAGUGAGAUUUUAACUUCGUCAUUUUUUUAUAGUCAAACCCAUAGUACACCUUCAAUUAACUCAAGCUCCUUUGCACUAAAUAAAAGUUAUUAUAAAGCACAAACUUUGAGUCUGAGAGUAUAUAGUACAAUUAAAUAUAGUGAAUCAAGUUCUAUUAAAAAUUUUAUUGUUGAUAUUAACAAAAUGAAAGAAGAUAAAAAAUCUCCAAGACUAGCAUCCUGGAUAAUUGUGUUGAUUGUUGUAUCAGUCUUUUUAAUUACUAUGGUAAUAGUAAUCUUGUUAAAAAAAAAUCUAAAAAAAGUUCAAAAUAGAGUUCAAUUAUUUCGAUUCUCACGACGUAUUUAUCCGAAUGUAUCUAAUGUUAAGGACGCAGAAGCACCGCAAAGUACGUCCUUAACAGUUAAUUCGCAGAAAAACACAAAGUAUAACGUUGAUUCCUGCAGAUUAAAUGAUAUUCUCAGUACUAAGUAUAAAUCCAGAACUGAAGCUGAUGAGAAAAGUGACUUAUAAAAUGUAGUCGUAAAACAAAACUGAAGUCAUCUAAAAUAACAAUCUAGUUUUAUCCUAGUACUAAGUACGAAUUUGUAAAUGGUAGUUUCAAAUUAUAUACAUUAUGCUC